AGGCCCUCGCGUACUCUAUGUUAUCAGUGCUGGCCGGCACGUGUGGUGUUUGAAAAGCACACACGAUACAAAUAGACGGCUGGAUCUUCCACACGAUAUUCUUUAUCAACAAGCUCAACAAGACUGGUGGCAGCUGGUCAACUACAGAAAGCAUGUUGGCCCUCAAUUUUGCCUUCAUCGUUGCAUUCAGUGGCUCAGCACUGGCCUCACCGCUCGAAAUUCGACAAUCGACCGCAUCUGCAAUAUGCUCCAAUUACAAUGGCACCUACAAACUCACACGCUUGACUGCUCCAGCUAAAGGUUCGGGGACUCAGCCAUCUGGGUCUACUCUAUGGAAUCUGUCCUUGAACGAUACAACAGCCGCCUACAGACAAAGCGUUACUGGUUUCGGAGCUGCCAUAACGGAUGCCACAGUCGUCAACUGGAACAGGCUAUCAAGCAGUCAGCAGACAUCUCUUAUGAACGUAUUGAUGACCUCGAGCCCUUCGAACUCGGCGAAUUUUAGCUUGAUGCGUCAUACCAUAGGGUCCUCUGAUCUUUCCGCAACGGCUUAUACAUACGAUGACAACAAUGGCAACCCGGAUCCGCAGUUGACGAAUUUUGCUCUUGGUCCUAAUGGUACCGCAAUGGCGUCUCUAUUGGCGAGAAUGAGAACUGCUGCACCUCGUAUGACACUUCUUGGGUCAUCAUGGUCCGCUCCAGGGUGGAUGAAAAGAAAUGGAGUUCUCACCGGUAACGCAACCAACAACAAUCUGCAAGACACUUAUCUCAACUCGACUGAGACCGAUUACUCAUACGCCUUUGCACAGUACUUGGUCAAGUACGUCCAAGCAUAUGCAAGAGCCGGUGCUCCUGUGAACGCCAUCACUCUCCAGAACGAGCCACUGAACUCUGUUGCCGAGUUCCCAACCAUGUAUGUCUAUGACUACGAGAACGCCUUACUGGUCAAGAAUCGUCUCGGACCUGCUUUCGCGCAAGCAGGUUUAUCUACUCAGAUCUGGGCAUAUGAUCAUAAUCUGGACCAACCGUCAUACCCACAAACAAUCCUCGACAAUGCCGGCGCAUAUACCAGCACAGUCGCUUGGCACUGCUACUCUACUGCCCCAUGGAGCACAAUGUCCGACUUCCGCACUUCCAAUCCAAACGUAACGCAAUACAUGACCGAAUGCUGGACGCCUGCCUCACAACCAUGGUGGAAUGCAGCCGCGUUCACACUGGGCCCUUUGCAAAAUUGGGGAUCUGGUUCUAUUGCGUGGGGCCUUGCCACAGACGUGAACAAUGGUCCGUAUAUCCAAGGAGGCUGCGAUCAAUGCCAAGGCCUCGUUACUGUGAACAAUGAUGGGACCUAUACACUCAACACUGCGUACUAUAUGAUGGCGCAGUUUAGUCGAUAUAUUCCCAAGGGAGCACGAGUGGUACUGGUCAGUGGCGGAGGGUCGAGUUCCACCGGACAGAUGGUGCAGGCUGUCGGCACUGUCAAUCCCGAUGGGACAAGGACAGUGGUAAUUUUGAGUACGGUUACAAAUGCGGUGUUUUUGCGGUUGACGAUGUCCAGUGGGCAGGUUUGGAGUGGGACGGUGCCAGCUCAGAGCGUGGUGACUUGGGUCUUGCCGAAAUCGUAAGGGAGCUGGCGUACAUUUGACAUGCAAGGGGUGGUUUUGAAAACAAGCAGUAAGCUUCACGGAGUAUGAAGGGCGACGGAAUGUUAUCCAACGC